UCUAGCCGGCAGAGAGCGAAUUUAUCCAGCGUUUCACAGUCAGCGUUGAAGUUUGUAAAAGCGUUGAGCGGCGAAAUGUCGCCAUAUGUGACAUUCGAGUCGUAUUUUUAAAUGCUGGCAGCUGAAACCACUUUUCGAGUCUUGUGAAAAUCUUCUGAAUGCCACAUGAUUGGAAUGGAUGUAGUGAAGAGUUAUGGCGCGGUACAUUUCGCGGAGCUCUGAAACCAUCUAAGACGCUGGCACCGCAGCGCAAGUAACACAGAUCUUAAGAAAUAAAUUAUUGACAGAAUUCUUCAGCUAGAAGGGUAGAAACAAUUAAUUACAGAGCGUAACAAGGUCUGAAAAUUUAUCACAUGUCCGAAAACGUCUUUUAAGAUAUUUUAUCGUCUCCAUCGAUCAUGAAAAACUAGUCAUCUUGCCAAUGGAAAACUGAUUUUGAAUGAUCUAUCCAACACUGAAUCAUGACUCACCGAUUGAUUGCCAGGCUAUUCGUCCUUGUCUCUGUGAUCGCUGUCCUUGGGGCACAGAGACCAGGGGAGAAGCCAAACUUCCGAGCCUUGGAAAAGAGAAUUUUGGACAGCAUAAUUGGUCCCGGACGGUACGACAGCCGAAUCCGGCCACUGGGCAUGAACAAUGCUACAAAUGGUCCAGCAGUGGUGCGAGUCAAUAUGUUUAUCAGAAGCAUUAGCAAAAUAGAUGACGUGAAAAUGGAGUACAGUGUGCAGAUGACCCUCCGCGAGCAGUGGCGUGACGAGCGAAUGCAGUACGACGACCAAAAUGGCCAGGUCCGUUACCUGACAUUAACGGAUCCGGACAAGAUAUGGAAGCCAGAUCUGUUUUUCUCGAACGAAAAGGAAGGUCAUUUUCACAACAUCAUUAUGCCCAAUGUUCUCCUCAGAAUCCACCCGAACGGGGAUGUCCUCUACAGCAUCAGGAUUUCUCUUGUUUUGUCAUGCCCUAUGGAUUUAAAGUAUUAUCCCCUGGACAAGCAAACGUGCUCUAUUACGAUGGUCAGCUAUGGGUAUACAACUGAGGAUCUUGUGUUUCUUUGGAAAAAAGAAGAACCUGUUCAACUUGUCAAGAAACUGUAUCUUCCUCGAUUUACUUUAGAAGCUUUUCUCACGGACUAUUGCACUAGCAGAACAAACACGGGUGAAUAUAGCUGCUUGAAGGUGGACCUUCAGUUCAAGCGAGAAUUCAGCUACUACCUGAUCCAAAUCUACAUCCCCUGCUGCAUGCUGGUUAUCGUGAGUUGGGUUUCUUUUUGGUUGGACCCGAAUGCUAUCCCAGCUCGAGUGUCACUUGGAGUCACCACUCUUCUGACCAUGGCCACCCAGAUUUCUGGAAUCAAUGCUUCUCUGCCACCAGUCUCUUACACUAAAGCCAUAGAUAUAUGGACUGGGGUAUGCCUGACCUUCGUCUUCGGGGCAUUGCUGGAGUUCGCUCUGGUGAACUACGCCUCGAGGAACGAAGAUCACAAGAAGCAGGCCAAGCAGACCCAAGCCAAGUGGGAUCUCGAGAAGGCGGCAGCAGUCGAGACAGAAAGAAUCGAGGAUGCCCAGACCGCUUUCGGAAUACCAACUCCCGCUGCAACCCAUGUGAAAGCACUCUACAAAUCCAGAUAUCAAUACAGGCCAGGAUCAUUCCCCAGCCCACCAGAAAUUGAUAAUGAGAAGCCCUUGGUGCCCGGCGAUCUGAACUCGAUGACCACCAAAUUCCGAGACUGCGAGGUCCACAUGCCGGAGGAAGAGAAGCAUCGUGGAUAUUACCUGUGCGGCAAAUGGUGGUUCAGCAGGUUCCCCACUCGCUCCAAGAGGAUCGAUGUCGUCUCCAGGAUCUGCUUCCCCCUCGCCUUCGCCUUCUUCAACCUCCUCUACUGGACCACCUACCUGCUGAGGGAGGACAAGGACGAAUAACCUUUCUUCUGCCCCUCCAACCCUGUUCUUUCGCAAAUGGGUCAACUCUUAUCUCCUUGUACCAAAGAACCUCCCUGGAAUUUUAUUUCAUUUCUUACGCUAGAAGAAUCCAGCUUCUUUGUUCGGAACACAGAUGACUUUACUGUUCCUUGAUCUGUUCUUUUGUUUGAUGAUGAUUCCACAAACAGCAGCAAAAUAAUAUAUAUAUAUAUGUUCAAACAGACUCUGUCCUUGACGAGACAGAACAAACUCUUCAGGCUGCUAUUCAUUAUAUGUAUGAGCAACUGGCUGCUGUUGGAAAUUAUAUAUUUAUAUAUAUACAUAAAUACAUAUAUACAUACAUA